AAAGGGAGACCAGUGGUUAAGUGACACUGGUGAAUGGUUCGCCGUUUGAAACCUUCUAUCGUAGAGCACUUGCUAUGAUAUACCUACCUGGAGAGGGGUUAUUUACAGUGCGGCGAAGUAUUAGAUUAGCAGAACAUGUAUCUAGAGGGAAGUAGAGGGAACAUGAAAGAACGUGUUUUGACAUGUUGAAGAAAAAAUGAAAAGAUAGAUUAGCAGCUAUACAGGAAGUAGGAAGUCAGAUACAGAGAGGUUUUAGUGUGACAGACAGACUGGAGAUCUACAACAAAACCCCUCAUACAUGUGUGUGUGCUGUGUGUAUAUAUGUGAGUGUGUGUGUGAGUGUGUGUGUGUGUGUGUUCUGAAGUGAGAUACUGAUCUUUUCUAUGAAGGAGGAAUAAUGUCUCUCAAGCUACCUCGGAACUGGGACUUCAGUACCCUCAAAGCUGAAACAUCUAGAAUAGCGCGGUCUAGGAGUGUGAUGCCUGGAGAGGGUAGCCCAGGGUUAGGCUCGCCCGGCUCCACCAGGAGAUCCAUGGAGAGGCCUCUGAAGGCUGGCUGGCUGAAGAAGCAGAGGUCCAUCGUAAAGAACUGGCAGCUGCGCUACUUUGUGCUGAGAGGAAGCACACUGACCUACCAUAAAGACGAAAAGGAGGGGACUGUCCAGGUGAGAGAUGAGGGUGUAAUCCAGCUGAGGUUCAGCAAAGUCAACGAACUCCCACAGAAUCAAGAUGAUCCAGGGAAAUUCCUCUUUGAGAUUAUACCACGCAGCAGUGGUGAUCGGGAGCGGCACCCGUACGUCCUCAUGGCCAACUCCCACAGUGAGAUGGAGGAGUGGGUCCGCACGCUGCGCAGGGUGGUUGGAUCACCCUCUAGUGGAGCAAUAUUUGGCAAGGGCCUGGGUGAUACGGUAACCUACGAGCAGCGAUUCGGCUCCCACAUGGUGCCCAUCCUGGUGCAAAAGUGUGCAGAGUUCAUCAGAGAACACGGACUAAGCGAGGAAGGCAUCUUCAGACUGCCGGGACAAGACAACACAGUCAAACAGUUUAGGGACGCGUUCAACGCCGGAGAGAGACCUUCCUUCCCAAUUGACACAGAUGUCCACACGGUGGCGUCGCUGCUCAAGCUGUACCUGCGGGAGCUGCCUGAGCCGGUGGUGCCUUGGACACAGUACCAAGACUUCCUGGACUGCAGCCCCAUGCUGGACCCCAACAGUGCUGCAGGUCGUGAGAGACUGGAGAAGCAGAUCAGCCUCCUUCCUAGAGCCAACUACAACCUCCUCAGCUACAUAUGCAGGUUCUUAUUUGAAGUGCAGCAGAACUCCAAGGUGAACAAGAUGAGUGUUGAAAACCUGGCCACGGUCAUUGGGAUAAACCUGCUCAAGCCCCAGAUUGAGGACCCCAUCACCAUGAUGAAGGGUACUCCUCAGAUCCAGAAGCUGAUGACAGUGAUGAUCAGGCAGCACGAGGCUCUGUUCCCUCCGUCUAAAGACGUGGCUCCUUCACCCCCCAUCGAGAAGAGUGAAAAGAAGACGAACAGCGCUCCACGCAGCUUUGUGGGCUGGGAGUCUGCUGAGUGUUCGGGGUCUCUGUCCGAGUCUCCAGAGGAGGAAGAGGACACAGACACACUGGGGCCAGAUCCAGUGACCAUCUCCAUCCCCCAGGCAGGGCCCCAGCAGCCCCACGCCCCCUCUUCAUCCUCAGCCUUGGACCCCUGGUCCGGGAGCCCCCGCAAACGCACCCAGACCCUGCCAACCCUGAACUGCCCAGUCCCCGGGAUGGCCGGCAAGCUGGAGGCCAUAAAGUGCUGGAGCCACAUCAAAGAGUGCAGCGAGGAGAAAGGGGAGAAGGGGGAGAAGACUCUCUCAGAGGACAUCUUUAAGAUCCUGGACCUACAGAGGACCUCUCUGUUCGGAGAGGUCCAGACGAAGGACGGGGAGGACAGAGGGACGGCCAGGAGAGGAAGUGACAUCACAGUCACCUAUGAUGACAUCACAGUCCCCUAUUCCAAACCCAGCAGGGACCCCCAGCGGAAGUCUCAGCCAGCGACCCCUGAGAAGAAGACAGAGGCCAGAAGAGCUGGGGUUUCAUCUUCAGCCCAGCAAUCAGACAGUAAGGUUGAACAGCAGGAGGACAGACCGGGAGACACAGAGCACCUCGUUACCAGCCUGCAUCAGAGGAACAGAGAGCUGAGUGCCACAGUAGCGGAGCUGCAGUCGGCCCUGGAUACAGAGAAGCGCUGUGUGUCCGCUCUGGAGAUCCGGCUGAGGAACGCAGAACGCAGCCGAGACGAGGCCCAGAGACGUAACCAGGAGCUGGACCAGGAGAUACAGCAGUUCCUCUCCAGAGAACCACGAGGGCCAACCUAGAACCCAGAACUGCCUGUACCCUUAAGUUAUCAAAGAGAUCCCUCAAUACAGUAUAUGGAUAUUUAAUAUAGAGAUCUAUUAACAAGGGAGAGAGAGGUAGAGAGUCAGUGUCUUGGCCAGAGCUGUAACCCUGGCUGGGACCUGAAAAAUGUUGCUAGCUUGUCAAGUUUGUUUGGUGGGAAAAACCAUGUAUAAACUCUUUAUCUGAAGCAGAUGUUGACUACACUUCACAUUCAUAGACAUACAAUGAGGAUUGCUGCAAAUGUAUGUAAAUGGCCUUUGCUUGGUGUCGCUGAUUAUGGACGUGAUGUGUGUAUUAUCCUAUAAAAUGCUGAUGGUUGCUGACCAUGCAGGGGCUGUUACACUUCUAUUGUUGGAUAACUUACAGCAUGUAAAUGCAAUAGCUAUUGGUGCAUAGUGUCCAGGUUAAGAUCAUGUCCAGGACACUUGGACUAUAAUGUACUGUAUUAGUAUGGAUGCAGAUUCAAUUCAUAGCGCAGCACGCUGGACAGCCAACAAUACGGCUUUUAAAGGCAUUUUGCCAACUUUCGUGGAGAUCGCAUGCAUGGUAAAACGCCGCGCAUGUCGGCUCAAUUGUUAAGGUCCCAAUCAUGUUUAAAUUUCUUUGAUCAGCAAAUGAAUAAAGAAGAACAGAUUAAGUUGACUGACCAACAA